AUGAAUCUAAGUGAUAACGAUGAAAAACCUAGCCCGGACGGCGGGGGGCCCCGCGCGUCCGCCCCGCUCCCGCCGCGCUACACCGCGCCUGCGCCAGCCGAUAUGGAGUUGCCGACGCCGGCGACGCUCCCGCUCCCAGCGUUGCCAGAUGCUAACGGUAAAAAAUCACAUGGUUACGCCAUAGAAUGUGCCCAUGAGGACGCUGCCGAGCAAUACAACCAGCGGAACACUUUCGAGGCAACGUACUACAGCAGCAUCGCUCGCGCCCAGCUCCUGCUGAGCGAGGCGGAGGGACCUGCUGUCAGUAAUGCUAAAUCAUCACCAGCCGAUAUGAAGGUGGCGGAUGUGAAGCACACAAAGCCGACUGCGCGUGAUAACAACGCGCCGAGUACCGCGGUACCUAGCACCAGCGGUCUCGCGCUGCCCGUUGCGGUCGCGCCGCCUGCGCCCGUGCCGGCCGCACCGGCCGCGUCUGCGCCUGCUGGCCGGGCGGACUGCGCGACCACCGCACCUGCGCCUGUUGGCCUGGUUUGCGCCGAGCCGCGAGAAGGGGAGGCUCGGUACCAGGCAUGA